UGGUGGUGCGGUUGGUGAGCCAAUGCCGCCUAUAAAACCAAUUCCACUUCCUAGUCCUCCUCCACCAUCUCCUACCUUUCCAAUUCUUACACCCCAAUCUUGCAGUCGUCGCCGGCCAUGGGAUCCAUCGCCGCCACCGAGUGGCAGUUGACGCCGGAGGAGGACGAGGCGGCUUGCAUGUACGCCAUGCAGCUCGCUAGCGCGUCCAUCCCUCCCAUGACCCUCAAGGCCGCCAUCGAGCUUGGCCUCCUCGAGAUCCUCGCCAAGGCCGGCCCAGCCGCGAAGCUCUCCGCCGCCGAUGUCACCGCCCAGCUGCCGACCCACAACCCCCACGCCCCCGCCAUGAUCGACCGCAUCCUCCGUCUCCUCGCCGCCUACGGUGUCGUCACCUGCGUUGUAUCUGACGCCGACAGCAGCCCUACGCGCACUUACGGCGCCGCGCCAGUCUGCAAGUACCUCACCAAGAACGAGGACGGCGUCUCCAUGGCCGCGCUCGCCCUCAUGAAUCAGGACAAAGUCCUCAUGGAGAGCUGGUACCACCUCAAGGACGCCGUGCUGGACGGCGGCAUCCCCUUCAACAGGGCCUACGGCAUGACGGCGUUCGAGUACCACGGCACCGACCCGCGGUUCAACGCCGUGUUCAACGAGGGCAUGAAGAACCACUCCAUCAUCCUCACCAAGAAGCUUCUCCAGACCUACAGCGGCUUCGACGACAUCAACGUCCUCGUCGACGUCGGCGGUGGCAUCGGCGCCACCCUCUACAUGAUCACCUCCGUGCACCCCAACAUCAAGGGCGUCAACUUCGACCUCCCCCACGUCAUCUCCGAAGCACCACCUUUUCCAGGAGUGGAGCAUGUUGGCGGCGACAUGUUUGCGGCCGUUCCUAGCGCCGACGCAAUCCUCAUGAAGUGGAUACUCCAUGACUGGAGCGAUGAGCACUGUGCGAAGCUGCUGAAGAACUGCUACAGCGCCCUUCCGGCAAGUGGCAAAGUGAUAGUGGUGGAGUGCGUGCUCCCAGCAGUGCCGGAGCCGACUCCGAAGGCCCAGGGCGUCUUCCACAUCGACCUCAUCAUGCUGGCACACAAUCCAGGAGGCAAAGAGAGAACUGAGCGAGAGUUUGAGAGCCUGGCCAAGGAGGCUGGCUUUGGUGAAUUCAAGGCCACUUACAUUUUUGCCAACACUUGGGUCUUAGAGUUCACCAAGUAGAUCAAGGGUUUGAUCAAUGUCUUGGUGUGGCUCUUUUGGUUGUUUGCUUGUUUGUUCUUGGAUUGAGUGCCCUUUGUUUGUGCAGUCUUUUUGUCUUGUGUUCAGUGCCUACUUAGAAUAAAAUAGGUUUAAAUUUGGGUGUUCUCA